AUGAUGGAGAUGGGUGCAGACGAAGAUCCCCCUGAUGGUGGGGGAACUACUGCUAAUCUAUCUGAUCAGAUGAGUCUGGAUACUUCCUUAGUCUCAAGAAAAAGACAAGCAACGAAUGACCUAAAUGCUGACGAAAGUAAGAAAGUUAACUCACCAUCAGAUUCCAUCCAAUCCGUAUACACAAAACCUGGCUUUGAAAAUGAUAACUCAUUUAAAUAUAAAAUCACAGACUCUGCACCUUAUUCUGUACAUAUUACCAGAGUGGAACCAGACACAGCUGCUGGUUUCUCAAUACGUCUCCUUAAAUUCGCACAGUUUAUCCAUAAAAAUAAUAUUGUGGGUAUUAAAGAGGGAGGUAUAAAAGCAUUGGGGAGAAAUAAAAUCUCAGUAGAAUUUAAAACAUACUCUGAUGCCAAUAACUUUGUUGACAAUCCAAUCUUGUCAAAUAACAAAUAUUCUGCAAUGAUACCUAAGUUCCAGAUUUCUCGCAUGGGUGUUAUACGCAACAUUCCCACAGACUGGUCUUUAGAAGAAUUAGUAUUUAAUUUAAUAUCCCCUGACUAUGCUGGACAGAUAAUUAGAGCCAGAAGGCUCAACACUAAAUCACGCAAGCCUGACAAUACCGUCUCUUGGAUCCCAUCCACAACAGUAGUCAUAACAUUUGAAGGACAAGUACUCCCUGAAAAAGUAUAUUGUUUUAAUACUUCCCUCCCUGUCUUUCCUUACAAUCUCCCAACUAUUCAAUGCCGUAAUUGCUGCCGCUUUGGCCAUAUUCGCACACAGUGCAGAUCUCAACCCAGGUGUUAUCAAUGUGGAUCUCAACAUUCUGGAGACAACUGUGACCAAAAAGAUGAAUCGCCAUUCUGUAUCCUUUGUGAUAGUACAAAUCAUCAAGCCACAAACUCAACUUGCCCCGAACAUGUCAGACAAAAGAAUAUUAAGAUCAUUAUGGUAGAAGAAAAUAUUAGUCAUAUGGAAGCAUCAGCCAGGUUCCCUACUCCCAAACGGUCUUAUGCAGAUAUGGCAUCAGCUCCAGCCUAUAACCUCUCACAGUCAACCAUAACACAAACAUAUCAACAGUCUCUCCACUCCUCUCCUUCUAAAACUCCCCAGAAAAAUGUAUCUUACCGCAAGACGAUAUACAAGUCCCCAAGACCCAGACCCAACCCGGGCAAAUCCUAUGACCGCGAAGCCCACUAUAAUAUCAUACAGACCCCUAGAUCUACCCAAGCUAAUGGCUCUGCCCUUAGACAUCACCAAGAACGUAAUACUGAUACCACCCCCCUUGCUACCCCAAAUGACAAUUUAAUAGAACUACUUACAUGUUCCCUAAUUAACAUAAUUUCUAAAUUCUCCGAUGCAUUACCGUCCAAUGUCGUUUUCUUGAUUCAGCAACUCCUAUCCACUUUAGCCUCUAAUAACGGACCAGCUGGUCCUACAGUGGAAUACUAG